UGCGCCGGUCGAUUUCAUAUCAGGUUUGGUUAAAGCAGGGGUGAACAUCACACGCUCGGCGCCCUCCGAAGCUCCCCGCGAUGCUUUUAUGAACGAGGUUACCACAGCACCGCGACGCGCAAAGCAGCCCGUGUAGUGGAGGAGUACGCUGCAGCCCCGCUCGCACCGGCUCUCCGAGUCCGAUCUGAAAGUGCUCACCGUGCGUGUCAGCCCGACAUUACGCAGCGUAAAAUACCCCCUUUUCUCUUCGGAGGCGACAAUCUUUGGAGCGCAGAAAUUCAUGGAUGUUCUUGGAUAAUCUCUCCUUGUUUUACGCGGAUAGCUGCCACACGGUCUCGCACGGUGCACAUCGGUCCAGGAAUGGCGCGAUAAAGUGAUCAGAGGAAUCAGUCCAAGUACACUCACUUUUUGUGUUGCCGCCUCGCCAUGUAUUCUCCAAUUUGUCUCACUCAGGAUGAAUUUCAUCCCUUCAUCGAGGCGCUUCUCCCUCACGUCCGUGCCAUCGCCUACACGUGGUUCAACCUCCAGGCCAGAAAGCGCAAGUACUUCAAGAAGCACGAGAAGCGGAUGUCCAAGGACGAAGAGCGCGCGGUGAAGGACGAGCUUCUGAGCGAGAAGCCCGAGGUUAAGCAGAAAUGGGCCUCCAGGCUGCUGGCCAAGCUGCGUAAGGACAUUCGGCAGGAGUACCGGGAGGACUUUGUCCUCAGCGUGACGGGCAAGAAGCACCCGUGCUGUGUGCUCUCCAACCCGGACCAGAAGGGCAAGAUCCGCCGGAUCGACUGUUUGCGGCAGGCCGACAAAGUUUGGCGUCUGGACCUGGUGAUGGUCAUCCUCUUCAAAGGCAUCCCUCUGGAAAGUACAGACGGGGAGCGCCUUGUCAAGUCUCCACAUUGCACCAACCCAGCACUUUGUGUCCAGCCACACCACAUAACAGUAUCGGUCAAGGAGCUGGACUUGUUUCUAGCAUACUAUGUCCAGGACCAAGACUCGCAGCAGUCAGGAAGUCCCAGUAACAAUGAGCCAGGCAAGAACCCUCUUCCAGUCUACUUGGAAGACAGCUUCAUCAAAUCAGGAGUCUUCAGUGUUGCAGAACUGGUGCGAGUGUCCAGAAUGCCCAUCACCCACGGCGCGGCGGUGAACUUCUCCAUGGCCGACAUGCCCAGCCAACCCUACUACCAUGACCUGAACUCCAGCGUGGGGCUGCAUCGCUCCCUGUCCUCCCCUCCCGGCAGCAAAAGGCCCAAAACCGUCAACAUGGACGAGAACAUGGACACCAGCCCGACGGGACCUGACUUCUACUCAUCACCCAGCUCACCGGCCAGCAGUCGGGCAAACUGGCACGACAGAGACGGAGCAGACAUGUCCUCUCCUACCAUGAAGAAGCCAGAGAAGCCGCUGUUCAGCCCCACCUCCCCGCAGGACUCCUCACCGCGACUCAGCACUUUCCCUCAGCCUCAUCACCCGGGCCUAACAGGUGUCGGACACAGUGUUAUAUCGACGAGGAGCCCCCCUCCGCACUCGCCCCUGCAGUUCUCGGCCUCGGCGAUCUUGCCCCCGGCGCCGUCACCCUACUUCUCGCACACCACCAUCCGCUACCCGCCCCACCUCAACCCUGCUGAUCCCCUCAAGAGCUACGUGCCGUCAUACGACCCGUCCAGCCCACAGAGCAGCCAGCCCAACAGCAGUGGUCAGGUGGUAGGAAAGGUCCCGGGCCACUUCACCCCAGUUCUGGCUCCCUCCCCACACCACGGCACUGUGCGACCCGUCUCGCUCUCCAUGCCUGACACCAAGCCCAUCACUACAUCCACAGAAGGCUACUCAGCCCCUGGCACCCCGACGGCCAACCGUUUUGUCGGCCUGAGCCCGAGAGAUCCCGCCUUCCUCCACCAGCAACAGCUGAGGAAGUGUGACUGGAGCGUGACUCAAAACGGCAGGCAUUAUGGCCCCAGUGCCACUGACGACACUUUGGGGAUUACUUGGCAAAGUCCUGGUACCUGGGCGAGCUUAGUUCCAUUCCAAGUGUCGAACGGGACUCCGAUUCUGCCAACAAAUGUCCACCAGAACUACAGCAUAAACAUCAUUGGUGAGCCCCUGGUCCCCGCCGAGACAGGGAACUGAACACACAGAGGCCGGAUGACCCCCAGGGUGGAUGGGUGUCGGUGGUGCAGAGCUAGCACUACAGGUGUCCGCAGCCAUGGAUGAAACCAGCAAAGCAGCACGAGCUGCACAAUCGUCCCCCCCCCCCUGCCCCGUCCCUCCCAACCUCGCCCCUUCCACGUCCCUCCCCCCCCAGCUCCCGUCCCUCCCCAUGAAGGACACUGGCCGUGAAGUGAAGACGAGGGUCGGUUCAGAGGAAAGGAAAAAGAGAAAGCUUCAGGUCUGCUGUCUCCUCGCCCCAGCCCAGCCCACGCAUCCUCCACCCACCAGUCAGUUGUUGUGUUUGCAGAACUUUUCGAUCCAUUCAAAUACUGUGAUGUAUAGAUGCCUUAAUGUUUUAUUGCAUGACACUCUAGUCUCUUAGCGGCAAUUCCUACUAUUUUUCCAUGUUGGGGGAAGAUGUAAAAUCUUGAUUUACACACACACACACACACAAGCGAGGAGGUCUGCGUAUCGACAACCUCUGCCUGGUGGAUGGCUCCGAGACUCGAAGCUCUCCGACUCGGGCCUCUUGAAAAGAGGCUUUCCCACGUCAAAUGAUUCACUGUGUACACCAUAGGAACAAAAGAAAAAAAAAUUGUGAAUUCAGAGUGUUUCUUCUUCUGUUUGAUUUCAGUUUACUGUGAGACGACUCUUUGUUCAGAAAACGUGUUGACCUUGCUUAUUCUUUACUGCUACUUACUUCAAGAAUUAACGGUAAGAGUUGAGAACUCUUGAUGCGGUUUUCGAAAAACACUAAAUGUUCGGCUUGAGAUUGGACCCCUCAUUUUGAAUUCGCAAACUCCUUUGCAAAAGGACUUAAAAAGACGGAGAACAGGAAAAUCUCGAAAGAGGCAAGUGCAAUUGAAUUUUUGAAGGGAAGCUAUCAGUCUGUCAGCCCUAAGACUCUAAAGGAAGGGGGAUAAAUAUUAACUAGUUUAAUGGGUAAAAUGUUUGAGAAAACAUUUAAAUUUGAUUUCAGUCACAUAUCCGUCUCCUCACAUGAGAAAAAACAUCGAGCGUGAACGGCAGUUGAAGGCAAGCACUAAGCUACCUGUGCAGCGCUGAGCAAAACCAGCACUUCUUUUGAGCCCUUCCCAUUAUUAUUAUGGGGAGUUUUUUUCUUUUUCUUUUUUAAUUUAUUUUUUGGGAAGAAAAAAAAACAAGAACGAGAGAAAAGAAAU